AUGCAUGUUUGGUCCUUUGAAAUAGGUCUUUUGGAGCAUUCUGGAGCAUAUGGGACAGAGGAGCAUGGAGGGACUUGGCAUGGACGCAGCUCAACUGGAUACGCAAAGGAAGAAGGAGAAGCCAUCUUGAAGACCAGCUCGACCAUCUACUCGAUCGAGCUGAGGAAGUCAAAGUCAAACCCGAAAAAUGCGAUUCUCCACAUGGAAGUGAUGGAAAUCGCUGGAAAAGGUCCACUAAGAGCUCCAAUAACUCUUGCUCUCGAAAUGGAGUUCAUAGGGGUUGGAUGGAUUAGUUUGAGCAAUGAUCCUAUGGCCUCCAAGGCUUGA